UUACUUUGUAAACAAGGAAACUGCGCAGGGGCUUCUUGUUGGACGUCUUGUUGUUGAAGUUCUCAAGAAAUCCACGUUUUUCUGAGGAAACACGAAGUUAAAACUACCAAACUAUGGUCGGGAAGGGAACCUAUAUUGUUGGGUUCCUUCUGUUGGCGACCCAAGCUUCAACAAUCGCAGCAUAUCUCUGUAGCUGGGACGAGUACACGUGUACCAACCUGAGAUGCGUCCCAAACAGGUACAAGUGUGAUGGCGACGAUGACUGCAGGGACAACUCGGAUGAGACGGCCUUGGCUGGAUGCUUUAACUGGAGCGGUACCUAUACCACCUGGUACUGGACUCCGAGUGUGGGGACGAUCAUCGGGAUAGUGUUCGGAGUGAUCAGUUUCAUCGUCUUCGUGGUGGUGGCGUCGUACUACUGCUGCUGCCGGAGUAACAACACUACACGGACUAGCGUCGUGGUGCCGACCCAACCAGCCACCGUGGCUUACACGUCGAGUAGCCAGACCGUGUACACCCAGCCGGGAGGGUACGGUUACGGCCCGCCUCAGGGCCCGCCCGCGUACGGCUCACCCCCGGCCCCGGGCCCGCCUGCCUACUCCAUGCCUCCCGCCGGGCCCAGUAUGGCUUCCCCUCCUAUGGCGACGUCACCCUACAACAACGACCCCGCCUACCCUCCCACGGCGUUCAAACACUAGAACUCUAACGCGAAAACCAGAUCUUCAGUAAUGGUGGUCUUAAUUUGCAUAUUGUGUGGUCUUAAUUUGCAUAUUGUGCGGUCUUAAUUUGCAUACUGUGAGGCCUUAAUUUGCAUAUUAUGCUGCUUUAAUUUGCAUAUUGUGCAGCCUUAAUUUGCAUAUUAUGCGGUCUUAAAUUUCAUAUUGUGUGGCCUUAGUUUGUAUAUUAUGCGGCCUUUAUUUGGAUAUUGUGCGGCUUUAAUUUGCAUGUUGUGAGGCCUAAUUUGCAUACUAAGUACAAAUACU